AUGAGUGUAACUCUAGGAUUUGCAGAAGAAAGCGAGCCAUGGCUUUUAAAAAGUUGCUACUUACCGGUGAUGAAAAUCGGAGGAAAACCCGCGUGGCUGGAUCUGAAAAACAUUCCAAAUGCCGAGGACGUUGCAUGCGGGCACUGCAAGGAACCCUGCAUAUUCUUGUGCCAAAUUUAUGCAUCGGAUGAACAGAAUCCUCAGGCGUUUCACCGGAGCCUGUUCGUCUUCAUCUGCAGAAAAGGCGCGUGCUGUAGACCGAACUCCAAUGACAAUCUGAGAGUCUUCAGGUCCCAGGUGCCGCAUGUUAAUGAAUUUUAUCCGCUGGAGCCUCUUGAUCCUGAUGAAGAUGAUCCACCUGAAAAAUCAAUAUGCAGAGUUUGUAAUAUAAAAGCUCCAAGUCACUGUAAAAAGUGCCAGCAGGCAAAUUACUGCUGUCGCAGACAUCAAGUCGUUGACUGGAAGGCUGGACACGACAAAGUUUGCGCUAAAUUAGCAGAUUUGGGCUUGAAGGAAGAAAUAAAAGCUAAAAGUAAGAAUAAGAGUCCAGACCAAGAAGAAGAAGAAGAAGAAGAAGAAGAAGAAGAAGAAGAAACUUAUAAGGGCUUUUUAUUCCCCGAGUACGAAAUAGAGAGCGAGGAUGAACCUGCUGAUGAAGACAAUGAUGAUGAUGAUGAUGACGAAAAAAAAGAGAAAGAAGAAAUGGAGAAGCUGAAGAAGAUGAUGGCGGAGAAAAAAGCUGGAUGUCUUCAGGAUGUUGAAGACAAGCAGUUGGAGGAAGCCGCUAAAGAGGAUGAUGAUGAAGCUUUUACGGAGUUUAAAGAGAGGAUCAAGCGACGACCUGCUCAACGGGGAGGAGAUCCGUUGUUGGUGUCAAAAGAAAACAAACCGCAGGAAAUUCCACCCUGUGAAAAUUGUAACAGCCGGAGGACGUUCGAAUUUCAAAUAAUGCCGCAGUUGUUAAAUAAAUUGAACUGCAGUAAUGAAAACAGUAUUGACUGGGGAGUGCUGCUUGUUUACACUUGUGAAAAGUCCUGUCUAAUCUCCGGGUACCAGCGGGAGUUUAUUUGGAAGCAAGAUUAUACUGACACCGAGAAUAAAAAUUCUGGCUCGGAAAAUAAAAAUUGA